GCUCCUCUGGCUUCGGUUGGUUUGCCGUGCACAAAUAUUUUCAGUUUGGCAGGGAAAGUCUGUGGGCACUGCUAGGGCCCGAGGGACAAAAUCCAGGGAGCUGGAUGUCGAGGUGGUGCUGAGCUACUGUGCGCAUCAGCGCCUGUCAGCAGAACUCCUGUUUUAGUGGGAAAUGAAGGUUGUGAUGGGCUAUGAAGUAACUGUAUAAAACGUUUAGGAAAUCCAUUACAGCAGGCAAGUCAUGUGCAGCUGGAGCCCUCAUUCCUGCUUCUAGUUGGAAAUUGUUAAGGGAAAGAGUUAUAUGCAGAGGGUGACCUUUCCAUGGCCCCACUAUUCAGAGCAACAGCGAGCUCUUUUUUACCGUCUCUUACACCUUAUAAUCAUCUCUCCCUACCUGUCCUGUUGCUUUCUCUGCCCUUCCUUGGUGCUCCUUUCCUUAUCCUUACACCAGCUGGGAGGGAGUGGGUUAACUCCUUCCUCUUCACAGGCUUUGGGAGUGAGUGGCUUUGAGAGGCUCUUGGUAGGACCUAUGGCUCUAUUUGGUGUUGCAGAGUUAACCAUCAAGUACAUAGGCAUAUGGCAAUGUACUGCAGGUGCUGGAAUGAAAUCCUGUACUGUGCUGAUGACUGAUCUGACCCAAGGGCAACCCACUGCUACUGAACAAUAGCACACAGAAAGACAAAUGCACUAAUUUCCCCAAUUGAAGCAGAGGAAUUACUGUAGAAAUGUAAUAUGCAGCCUGUUGAUAAGAUUCAACCUGCUUUACUACUGUGCCAGUCCAAUAGUCUCCAGCAGUUCACAGGGGUUGGUAUAAAUACUGAGUUGGGAUUUGUAAAUGAGACAGUAUAAAGAAGCAGUCAUUUUUAGCUGAUCAUUGAAAACCUCAACAAAAAAUGUCUCUUGCUGUCUCGUAAAAUAACCUCACAAAUAAGGCUCAGCAACCAAAAUAAGAACACUUGUAUCCUAUCUGGAAAAUUAUGCUGAUCAAAAUGUACCAGUAAAAGUUUAAGCAUCCACAGGAAAUAUACCCAUUUGUGUGUGCUAGUGUGCUGUAAGACUAGUGUUAGGAAGCAGAAGUGCAAUUUUUAAAGGUAUCUUACAUAGUUGCAAAAAAAUAAAAAAAGGAAUUAACAGACAAGAAAAAAGCCUUUACAAGUAACAAUAGGGGGGGGUUUUGUUGGUUUUGGUUUUGUUUUGUUUUUUUGUUUGUUUUUAGGGGUUUUUUUGCUUUGCUUUGCAGAGUACUGAGUUCUGGUUAUUAUUAUAAAGUAAGGAAAUUUGCAAGUGAUGGAAACUCCUAAAGGGGUGCUUAGCCUUCAUGGAGGUGGAGUUUUUGUGUGGCUGGACACAGUUAUGUGGCUGGAUUCCCUGAGUUUGCUGCAGAACUGGAGAGGGCACUGUGGGCUCUGUUUUGUUUCCUAAGCCUACUUCACAGAAAAUCAAAUGUUUGAUGAAUUUUAAUACUUCAUUUCAUUCCCUUUCAACCACAACGUAUCCCUGAAGUGCAGCUCGCAGGAGUGUCAUUGACAAAAAAUGCAGCUCCUUCUUUUGGCCUCUUCCUAUUGAAGUACCAUUGACUUUGAUCGAGGCAGUCUUGAGCCUUGAGCCCUUUGUUACAUAAAGAGGUUCAACUAAACAACUGUUAACUGACAGGCCACCUAAAAAUUAAAAAGUGUGUUUCUAAGGGGCAGAAAACCAUUACAAUUACUUAUCAUGUCUGCAGUCAUAUGGCUUUUAGUAUGCAUAUAAUUCACCAAGUGAAUAAAAGCUGUAUAUAAUUUCAGUGCAAAACAUAUGCAAAAUUCAAAAUCACCCCCUUUCCUUUCAGCUGUUUAAGUUCUUAGCAUGUGUUUCUUAUUUCCUAUUUUCUUUUGCAUACCUUUUAAAAUUCUUAAUACGUUCCUCUGUAGAAAAGUUGUAUUUUAUCCUGAAGUUCUGUAAUCCUUUUGCCUUAUCUUGUAGAGUUCAUCCUGGGAUGUUUUUUUGUUUGUUCGUCCUGUAAGGGAAGAAAGCAUGCUGCCUUUUUUUUGUGUGUCCCAUGCAGAAAAAAGAAAACAAGUGUACAGAGUCCGCAGGCUGGGAGUGUAUCAGUUAAUUAGUGGCUGGACAUUGCUCCGUAGGAAGCCUGGCCAGGAUUUUUUUGUGCAUGUGUAUAUGUGUGUUGUCUGCUCCCUUUGAUCACUUGUGUGGUAAAUAGACAUGCAGGGUAGCUAUAGCAACAUGUGCUGUAGGUUGGUGGGAACAGAGGGGAUGAGAUCCCCUGACAAAGGGUAGUUUGUUAGAGUGGUUGGUUCUGAUUAGAAAAAGGUGGCACGGAUCAGGGCGUUUAAAAACAUCAGUUUUGCAAAACGCAAAUGAAUGUUAUCAGUUUCAAAGUAAUGCUUGUUUCUGUAACUCUGCAAGAGUAGAUCAUGUGGAAGAUUGGUGAGGAAGGGGGAGGGAUAAUAAAAAGCAGAGCAUAAUCCAUUUACACUUUUGAAUGUAAAAAAAAUUCACGCUGGAUGUGCUUUUUCUCAUGGUGCAGCACUGUCUGCAGUUUGCAAAAGAAGCAUUUGCAGGAGCCAAAUUCCCACAGAUGAUGAUACAAAUAGUUGUAUUUUUAAAAUAUGGCUUCAGGAGGCACUGAUGAUAAUGUGAUGUUAAGUAGUGCAUCUGAUCCAUUACCUUUCCCUGAUUUGUAAGAGUUCCGUGUGCAAUUUGCAAGCUCAAGAUCCUACUCCUAUUUCAGCACCUACCUGUAGAGGUCAGACUUGAAGCUCUCAAAAUCUUUCCCUGAUAGAAUUUCAACCUAAAGCUAUAAAUAUACAUAUCCAUAGCCACUUUCCUCAUUAACUUUGUGGAAUACUUUUAAAAUAAUGUUGGUUUUUCAGCGUCAGGUUCUUAGGUGACACCACAUUCUGCAUUGAUGGAAGCCUGAAAUACAUCAAAAUUCAGCUUCAUUUCACGUCUUGAACAGAGCCCAACCUAAAGCUUUUAUUAGCGCCUGAAUUAUUUAGAUGUGUAUCUGUGUUUCCAUGAUCCCCACUAGGCCUCCUACCUUUGAUGAGGUCUGUCUCCAGCUCCCUCCCUCUGGCCUGCCCAGCCCUCUGCUGCGCUGCCUGCUGGCUUCCCACUGCUGCCUGGACACAGGGCUUCCCCACUGGCAAGGGACAGGGAAGCAGGCAGUGCCACAGAGGGUUUCAGCAACUUCUGAGCACUGCAAAAAGUUGUCAGACCUCAGAGUCCCUCCACAGAGUAGCACGAGAGAUAGCUGAUCAGCUUCCCUGGAUUUCGCUGACACCACAGGAAAGCUUUGCCUGAAGAUGGAAACACUGGAGUCAGAACUGACCUGCCCUAUCUGUCUGGAGCUGUUUGAAGACCCGCUGCUGCUGCCUUGCGCUCACAGCCUCUGCUUCAACUGCGCGCACCGCAUCCUGGUCUCCCACUGCGCCACCAACGAGCCGGUGGAGUCUAUCACCGCCUUCCAGUGCCCGACCUGCCGCUAUGUCAUCACCCUCAGCCAGCGCGGUCUAGACGGGCUCAAGCGCAACGUCACCCUGCAGAACAUCAUCGACCGGUUUCAGAAAGCCUCGGUCAGUGGGCCCAAUUCCCCCAGCGAGACCCGCCGGGAGCGGGCGUUCGAUAACAACAGCAUGUCGUCCUGCGAGAAGGUGCUCUGCCAGUUCUGCGACCAGGACCCUGCCCAGGAGGCGGUGAAAACCUGCGUUACCUGCGAGGUGUCCUACUGCGAGGAGUGCCUGAAAGCCACUCACCCCAAUAAGAAGCCAUUCACCGGCCACCGUCUCAUCGAGCCUAUCCCGGACUCUCACAUCAGGGGAUUAAUGUGCUUGGAGCAUGAGGAUGAGAAAGUUAACAUGUACUGUGUGACUGAUGACCAGUUAAUCUGUGCCUUGUGUAAACUGGUCGGGCGACACCGUGACCAUCAGGUGGCAGCUUUAAGUGAUCGCUAUGACAAGCUAAAGCAAAAUUUGGAGAGUAACCUCACCAACCUUAUUAAGAGGAACACUGAACUGGAAACUCUUCUGGCAAAACUCAUUCAGACCUGUCAACAUGUAGAAGUAAAUGCAUCCCGCCAAGAAACCAAGCUGAUGGAAGAAUGUGACCAACUCAUUGAAAUAAUCCAGCAAAGACGGCAAAUAAUUGGAACCAAAAUCAAAGAAGGAAAGGUGGUGAGGCUGAGAAAACUGGCUCAGCAGAUUGCGAACUGCAAGCAGUGCAUUGAGCGCUCGACAUCCCUCAUCUCUCAGGCUGAGCAGUCACUGAAGGAGAAUGAUCAUGCUCGCUUCCUGCAGACAGCUAAAAAUAUCACUGAAAGGGUUUCCAUGGCAACUGCAUCUUCCCAGGUUCUAAUUCCUGAAAUUAACCUCAAUGAUACUUUUGAUACUUUCGCACUUGAUUUUACCAGGGAGAAGAAAUUAUUGGAAUGCCUUGAUUACCUUACAGCUCCCAACCCACCCACCAUUCGAGAAGAGCUCUGUACAGCCUCCUAUGACACCAUUACUGUGCACUGGACGUCAGAUGAUGAGUUCAGUGUGGUCUCUUACGAGCUGCAGUACACCAUCUUCACUGGACAAGCCAACGUUGUUAGUUUAUGCAACUCAGCCGACAGCUGGAUGAUUGUUCCUAAUAUCAAACAAAACCACUACACGGUGCACGGGUUACAGAGUGGCACCAAGUACAUCUUCAUUGUCAAGGCCAUUAAUCAGGCUGGCAGCCGCAGCAGCGAGCCCGGCAAGCUCAAGACAAACAGUCAGCCAUUUAAACUGGACCCCAAAUCUGCUCAUAGAAAAUUGAAAGUGUCUCAUGAUAACCUGACAGUGGAGCGGGAUGAAACAUCAUCCAAGAAGAGUCACACACCAGAGCGAUUCACGAGCCAGGGGAGCUAUGGAGUAGCUGGCAACGUGUUCAUCGACAGCGGGCGGCACUACUGGGAAGUGGUCAUAAGCGGGAGUACAUGGUAUGCUAUUGGUAUUUCCUACAAGUCAGCACCGAAGCACGAGUGGAUUGGAAAGAAUUCUGCCUCCUGGGUGCUUUGCCGCUGCAACAACACGUGGGUGGUGCGGCACAACAGCAAAGAAAUCCCCAUCGAGCCCGCGCCUCACCUGCGGCGCGUCGGGAUUCUGCUGGACUACGACAACGGUUCCCUUGCCUUUUAUGAUGCUUUGAACUCCCUACACCUUUACACUUUUGACAUUACAUUUGGCCAGCCAGUGUGCCCCACGUUCACGGUGUGGAAUAAAUGUUUGACCAUUAUAACUGGCUUGCCCAUCCCUGACCACCUAGACUCCUCCGAGCAGCUGGCGUGACUGCUAAAAGCCAAAAGGUAGGACAGCACAUCUUCCCAGGGACACAUCAUCCUCCCAGGGACACACCUUCCCUGGGCAGCCAUGCAGUGCCACCAGGAGCUUACCCGGAGCUGGCAAAUCCAAGUGGCAUUCCAGACAAGGCUGCCGAAUUUGGGCAAAACUGAUGAGGAGAGAGAAUCUCUUCCUGUGUAUUUUGUGCUGAAGGACAGGAAGUGGCUUUAAUAAUAACUUAGAACUUUUUUUUUUUCAGUUGGUUUUGUUUGAUUGGUUUUGUAUUUCAUCUCUUACAGGAAGAUUUAUAAAUUAUUUAUAAAAAUAGAAAAAAAAAGUGAAAAGUGAAAGCCUAGUAUGGACACCUGGGAAAUGACUUCUUGUUGUUUUGGGGGGGGUUUGCACAUUAGUGGUCCUGUUAAUUAAAGUUUCAUCAGCCUUUUGAAUAAUUUUAUUUUACAGUGGAUAAUAGCAGGAAAUUGGAAAGAUGAAAACUGCACAGUGGACAAGUCAGUAUACUGCAGGUUUUACUUGUACCAACGCUAGUGGUCUCAUUAUCAGCCUUGUUGAGUGCAAGAUCUCCCAGUUUCUACUUUGCACAUGGGAGGAUGCAUAACAAAAGAACAAAAAUAAGCAAGCAAGGAAGUGGAGCUCACCAACACAACAAAAGAAUAAAGCACAGGGCAGUUCUCUCUCAGUUCAUAAAAAACAUGUGGAAUAUAUCCUAGAAAUGUGAGUGGAUAAAUCAUCUGGUGAUUUAUUUUAUUGGUGGCAAUAUUCCCAUCUACCAGUGCUUCGCUUUUGUCUUUGGGAAACAUUAUAGAAUCACUGAGGAUGUGGAAGACCAACACCAUCUCUGAGAAUCAGCAACACUGGAGGAGAACAGCCAAUCCAAGGUCUGACUGUAGACUAAUUUGAUAAAACACGGCAUCAUUUAAGGAUUGAUUGUAAUAGAAGAUGUCACGGUUCUGAUGGUAGACAUGUGAAUGCUUAUUGCUGAUUUUACAAGGUUCAACAUAGCAAGCCCAGCCAACAACUCAGAAGUGAGACGUGCCACUUUACCAUUGGUUUUAAAUUAAAUACAAAUGUUUCAUUGUCAUACACUGUGUAGUGUCUAUCACAAAGCAAGGAAAUAUGUUUUACAUGUACUGUAUGGAGGAACACUGCAGCUGGAGUUUGCUCAUAAUUAGCAUUGUCCCAGGUUGUUUGGGAAAGCACAGUUCACUUUGUGAAUGAAAAGAAAGAGUAAGCUCUCAACAGCAGUAGAAAUUGCAAAAGGAAACCCUAUGUUCAUCCUGGUGUUGGUAGAAGAACUUCAGUGAAGGCAAUAGAGGUUGUAUGUACUUUAUCUCAGAGCUGAAUCAGGUGCAUUUUUUUUCUCUUUCCCUUUACAGAUAGAAGCUUUUCGUAAUUAUUGCAAUGCUUAUGUAUAAAUGAUCAUUUGGGGAGAUGCUUGAGGAAUAUGACAACUUUAAAAGAAUGGUUUUCCUACAGUGUUUUGUUGUUACUAUGCAAGUGGUGAAAAUCUGCCUGUGUAGAGAAAACAUAAAUUGAAUAUCAGCUUUAAAGAUUUGCUCAGUAAUUUAUAACCAUGCUUUAGGUGUCUUUUGAAAAAGAUGCCUUAAUGCACUUUGUUCAGUAAUGGGUCCAAAAUAAAAUGGUCCCAAGCUCAGCUUCGGAUUUUUUAAAUACUGAUUCUCCAGGUACAAAGCUCUACUACAGUUUGCCUUAUGAUUAUAUAAAAUAUUUAUGAACAAGAUGAGGAGAAUACAUACAUGCCCAUUUGUUUGUUUGGGUUUUUUUUAAUAGAAAAUAAAUGCCUUUCCAUGCUUCUUUGAUAUCCCUUUACAUGCCCUGCUAACUGCUGAAUUAAAUGGAGAAAAAUCUGGCAGUACAUUGUUGAUGCCAUGGCUUUCAGCUGGGCAAUAUCCCAUAGCUCACAUGUAGGAGCCACUGAUCUUUCCCAAGUAGACAUAAAAAGGCAAAGUGUGUACAUAUAGAGAUCCUCAGUGUUUAUCAUAGCGUCAUUCAUAAUCAAGAAGCACAUAUUCUCAAAAAUGAAAAAGUAAAUCAGUCUCCAAUCAUUACAUUUUAAAAUUGAGUACAAUGUUACUGGUACAAUCUGAUAUACAAUGCCCAGAUGAUCUGGCCUGGGAUGUUUGGUAGUUAGCUGAGAGGGUAUGAAAAAUUUGAAUAGGAUUUGACAGAAGAUGUCUGAUGCAAAGCAGUGAUAAAAGGAUGCAUGAAGAAAGGACUUUUAUUCUAGGGUUAUUGCCAAGUUUCUGCCUAAAAGGAAAGAGUGAAUUACCAAAGUACAUGGAGCAAGGCUCUGUAUCUUCUCUUUUGUGAGAAGUAUUAGAUCUAGAAGCUGAUUUCAGUAGUGGAGAAACUGAAAACACUGCUCAGUGUUUGGUUAUACAAUGUUGGCAGAGAUUGAGCUGGAUGGAAAUAAUACCAUGAAUUUGGAGAAGUCCCAAAUGAUUUCACGUAUUUUCAUUGUAAAGAUAGAGCAUGAGUCUAAAGACAGAUUGUGGUUUUGGCCAAUGGAAAAAGGAAUGGUCUGUUAUCUACAGACCUUGCUGUAUCAUCUUUAUUUUAACACAGAAUACUUCAUUUGGAGCUAAGCCACAUUUCUCCAAUGUGCUAUUAACUCAGUCAGUACUCUUUGUGCAUAUAUGUUUGUGUAUAUAUGUACACAUAUGUAUGGGUAUACACGCACCAGCAUAUGCACAAAUAUAAUGUGUAAUUUGUGUAUACACACCCAUAUGUAUAUACACAUACAAAGUGACAGCAAUUAGUCAGGUGUUCCUUUUUUGCUUGUUUCUUGGACAAUUUCGUAUUCUGUAUGACAAUGAGGAAACAAGUUUGCUAUGAACAGUAUUCUUCUGGUUAUUUUUUAACAAACAAAAUCUGUUUAUUUUACAAUACUUGAUUCAAUGUCUGAUUAAUCAAUAAAAACUUCAAUUUAAAAAUGUA